AUGGACGCUGGCGGCUUGGCUGACGCUCACAUCAUCAACCCCCUCCCGUCUGACAACGUCAGCACCACCAUCUACCCCUUCAACACGACGGCGGCGGCGCACAACGAAUCGAACAUGGAUUUUGAACGCUACGUCCGCAUCAUCGUCCCCACGAUCUUCGGGGUCAUCUGCAUCCUGGGCCUGUUCGGGAAUUCCCUGGUCAUCCUCGUGGUCGUGUCCGACAAGCACAUGAGAAACACCACGAACAUCUUAAUACUAUCUCUGGCCGUGGCCGAUCUGUUGUUCAUUCUGUUCUGCGUGCCGUUCACGGCCACGGGCUAUGCCCUGCCCGUGUGGCCGUUCGGGGACAUCGGCUGCAAGAUGACCCAGUACGCCAUGUAUGUGUGCGCGUACGCCAGCGUGUACACGCUGGUCAUCAUGUCGCUGGACCGCUACCUGGCCGUCGUGCACGCCAUCCGGUCGAUGACGCUGCGGUCGGAGCGCAACACGUGGUUCGCCAUCCUCAUCAUCUGGAUCAUCAUCCUGUGCGGCAACACCCCGAUACUGCUGCAGUUUGGGGUCUUCAAUUACGUGCACGAGGGUGAAAACCGGUCGGCGUGCCUCAACCUCAAAGAGCUCAAGGAGCCCGAGGCGGGCAAGGCGUUCUUCGGAUCGUUCCUCUUCUUCGGGUACGUCAUACCGCUCGGGGUCACCAUGCUGAUGUACGGACUGAUGCUCAAGCGGCUGCUGUACGGCGUCGUCCCGGGCGGAGGCAACCAGUCGGCCGAGAGCAUCCGCGCCAAGAAGCGCGUGACGCGGAUGGUGGUCAUCGUCGUGGUCAUCUUCGCCAUCUGCUGGCUGCCCAUCCAGAUCAUCCUGUUCGCUGAGAGGUUCGGGCACGCGCCGAACACGAUCCCGCACAUCAGCACCAUGUUCGCGGCCAACUGCCUGGCGUACAUGAACAGCUGCGUCAACCCCAUCCUGUACGCGUUCUUGUCCGAGAACUUCAGGCGGAGCUUCAGGAAGUUCCUGUGCUGCACGGAGAGCUCGCGGCGGAUGGAGUACGAGCGGACGAACGUCCGGUUCACGGUCACGGAGAAGGAGACGACCACGACCACGAAACAGACCUGUGUCAAUAACUCUAAGACCUACACACCGGUAUAA